UCAGAUUUCAAAGAGGUAAAAAAUGUCAUUGUGUUUGGUUAUAGCUUGUAUGGUUACAUCAUGGAUCUUCUUGCACCGAUGGGGACAAAGGAACAAGAGUGGUCCAAAGACUUGGCCUUUGGUUGGAGCCGCGAUCGAACAGUUGACCAAUUUUGAUCGAAUGCACGAUUGGCUCGUUGAGUAUCUUUAUAACUCAAGAACAGUAGUGGUUCCUAUGCCAUUCACCACUUAUACAUACAUAGCUGAUCCCAUCAAUGUUGAAUAUGUCCUCAAAACCAAUUUCUCCAAUUACCCAAAGGGAGAGACUUACCAUUCAUAUAUGGAAGUUCUUUUGGGAGAUGGAAUUUUCAAUUCAGAUGGUGAGCUUUGGAGAAAACAGAGGAAAACCGCGAGUUUCGAAUUUGCUUCCAAGAAUCUCAGAGAUUUUAGUACUGUAGUGUUUAAAGAGUAUAGUCUCAAGCUCUUCAAUAUCCUUUCCCAAGCAUCUUUCAAAGACCAACAAGUAGAUAUGCAGGAAUUGUUGAUGAGAAUGACUUUGGACUCCAUAUGUAAAGUUGGAUUUGGUGUGGAGAUAGGAACAUUGGCUCCAGAGUUACCAGAGAAUCACUUUGCGAAGGCUUUUGAUACCGCGAAUAUAAUCGUAACACUUCGUUUCAUAGAUCCUCUUUGGAAGUUGAAAAAGUUCCUUAACAUAGGCUCUGAGGCAUUGCUUGGUAAGAGCAUAAAAGUCGUCAAUGAUUUCACUUAUUCAGUCAUAAGAAGAAGGAAAGCAGAGUUAUUAGAGGCACAAAAAUCUCCUACCAACAACAACAAGGUGAAGCACGAUAUACUCUCGAGGUUUAUCGAGAUCAGCGACGAUCCAGAUAGCAAAGAAACAGAGAAAAGCCUAAGAGAUAUUGUCCUCAACUUUGUAAUAGCUGGAAGAGAUACAACAGCAACAACUCUCACUUGGGCUAUAUACAUGAUAAUGAUGAAUGAAAAUGUUGCUGAGAAACUUUACUCAGAGCUACAAGAACUCGAAAAAGAAAGCGCAGAAGCGACUAAUACAUCAUUGCAUCAAUACGAUACAGAGGAUUUCAGUUCCUUUAACGAGAGGGUAACGCAAUUCGCAGGACUAUUGAACUACGAUUCCUUGGGAAAACUUCACUACUUACAUGCUGUGAUAACAGAAACACUUCGUCUCUACCCUGCAGUUCCUCAGGAUCCGAAAGGAGUAUUAGAAGAUGAUAUGUUACCAAAUGGAACAAAAGUAAAAGCUGGAGGGAUGGUUACAUAUGUACCUUACUCAAUGGGUCGUAUGGAAUAUAAUUGGGGAUCCGAUGCAGCAUCGUUUAAACCCGAAAGGUGGCUUAAAGAUGGAGUCUUUCAAAAUGCAUCCCCAUUCAAGUUCACUGCUUUUCAGGCUGGACCUAGGAUAUGUUUGGGAAAGGAUUCAGCUUAUCUUCAAAUGAAGAUGGCAAUGGCAAUUCUUUGCAGAUUCUAUAAGUUUCAUUUGGUGCCAAAUCAUCCUGUCAAGUAUCGGAUGAUGACGAUCUUAUCCAUGGCUCAUGGUUUGAAGAUCCGAUCUACUGCCCCGGUUUCUCGCCGGAAUCUCCAUACUGUAACCGGCGAUCAUCUUUCAGUUAUGGAAGACGUGAAGGGGAAGGAGAUUAUUGAUGAGGCUCCUAUUGACAACAAGGUUUCAGAUGAAAUGGAGAGUGAGGAAAAUGCGAUCAAGAAAAAGUAUGGAGGAUUGUUGCCAAAGAAGAUUCCGUUGAUAUCUAAGGACCAUGAACGCGCGUUUUUUGACUCUGCUGAUUGGGCUUUAGGCAAGCAAAAAGGACAGAAACCGAAAGGACCUUUGGAAGCUCUCCGUCCAAAACUGCAGCCAACCCCGCAUCAGCAACCAAGAGCAAGACGAAUGGCUUAUUCUUCAGGCGAUACUGAAGACUCUGAGACUGAUAACAACGAAUCUCCCGAUGACCAAGCCUGCGCAUCAGCUGUCGACAAUACAAAUUUAAAGGACGAUGGAGUCAGCGAUGGUUGCUAUUCCUCCACCUACUGGUACUACACAAUGCUCAGUGUUCGAAGGAUGUUCCGGGAGCACAUCAUCCGCAGAGGCCGGUGGUAUAUUAGGAGGCUCUACUCGUGGUUUUUUAACUUAUUGAUGCAGUCUUAUUGGGAAGAGAUGGAGGAUCGCAAGGUUAAAGUGUAUGAUAAACUGAGUGAAAAAGCUGAAAAGGUGUUGGAGAUUGGUAUUGGCACAGGUCCUAAUAUGAGGUACUAUGCUGCUCGUAAUAGUAAUGUUACUCUUUAUGGAUUGGAUCCAAAUCCCAAAAUGAAGAAGUAUGCACGCAAAUCCGCUACGAAAGCAGGAUUGAAAACUAAAAACUUUAGAUUCAAGCUAGGAGUAGGAGAAGCUAUACCACUAAAAGAUAACUCUGUGGAUGCAGUGGUUGCAACACUGGUUCUAUGUUCUGUCUCUGAUGUCACUCAAACACUCAAAGAAAUCAAACGGGUGCUGAGACCAAAAGGGGUUUUCAUCUUCUUAGAACAUGUUGCUGCAAAAGAUGGAUCGUUCUUCAAGCGUUUGCAGAAAUUGCUAGACCCGUUGCAGCAGAGACUUGCAGAUGGAUGCCAUUUGACAAGAAACACCAGAGAGUGUAUCUUGGAAGCUGGUUUUAGUGGAGGAGUUGAAGUAGAGACUUAUUCUAUGUAUAGCUUCCCUUGGAUAACAAGACCUCAUAUCUAUGGACUAGCUUACAACUAAAAAAACUAUCAUCUUUAUUCAAUUACACUAAAAUGAUUGUCUUUGAGUGUUGUGAUUUCUGUUGCAACUGAAUAAUAAAUAAACAUUAUUCAGUACAAUAUGAUGCUCAUGGCUUCAAGCAUAACUGCAUAAGCAUAUUCAGAGAACAUAAUACACUUUAAAUUAACUU